GCUCUGUUCACUGCCGCUGCCGACGGGAGAUCCUGUAAUCUGGAGAAUAAACGCUUGUGACGGCGGCAGCUGUCUCAGAGGAAAGGUGGAUGCAGUAGAGGAACCCUGUGGAUUUUACAUACUGCUAUCAUUGAGAGACGGGCUGUGUCACCUGGGAAGUUUAGAGAAAGAAGACUUGUUGAGAAGAUGGUAUAAACUGCUCGUAAUUGAUGUCAGAGACUAUUAAAAAAAGCUCUGGUUUAUCUUGAAGUCUGUCGGAUGGGAAUCUACGCCUGUUAGCUGAAAACUCUGGUUUGUUUUGAAUGACUUCAGGUGAUGACACAUGCUUCAUCACAUGGUCUCGGAGGCAUCCAGUAUCCUGACUGCACCUGGAAGGUAAGGGGAAAUGACUGGCUGCUUGCAGGACGAAGGCAGUAACCUAUGAUUUCACACCUCUCCUGAGGCGGUCUUCCCAGACUCUGCUGAGCAAGACGAGUCGUUUCCAGGUGUCCAGACCUGACUCACCGGCAUCAUCUCAUCCCUGGCUGGAUUCAGCACCGCGGCUCACGCUCUCACCUCGUCGCGUCUGCCUUCAAACCCGUCGACACCUCUAGCUCUCUUCUCAUGGAGCCGAUCGAAAUUCAAAACAAGUGGCGCUGAUUAACGUGCCUCCAGGCAGCCGGAGUCUCAUUCCACAGCACUAGAAAUAGAGGAAACAUCCUGAGCACUUGUGAACUAUCGUUACUUGGAACAGGAGCAUCAUGUGGAAUCAGUCGAGCUACUGCAACCACAUACCUCACCCUGGAUAUCCUUUUUACCAUGGUCCAUGCAGUCAUAACCAAAGGACCACAUCAUUUAUUCAUCCUGUAACGGGACAGAUUUCCUCAGAGAACGUGGACUUCCUCCUGCAAGAACAGUCGCAGGGUCCUCGCAUGAUGUCCAGAUACACAGGUGAGCAGCUCUCCAGCACCACUGUGAGUGAGGCCUCCACCGCCAUCACCUCCUCCACUGUGGACUCCACGUCUGCCUCAAAGGCCUCUCGUUCCAUUGGCAGAAUCCACAGCUUCGGCAAAAGAGAACAAUCUAUCAAGCGGAACCCUAACGUCCCAGUGGUGGUCCGAGGAUGGCUCUACAAACAGGACAGCUCUGGGAUGCGUCUAUGGAAGAGGAAGUGGUUUGUCUUGGCGGAUUUCUGCCUUUUCUACUACAAAGACAGCAGAGAGGAAUCGGUGUUGGGCAGUAUUCCUCUGCCCAGCUAUGUCAUUUCACCCGUGGGACCCGAAGAUCACAUCAGCCGCAAGUAUGCCUUUAAGGCUAGCCACACUGGUAUGCGCUCAUACAUUUACAAGCAGAGCUCUGUGAUUGGCUCGCAGGCAGAGCACACUGGGAUGCGAACGUAUUACUUCAGCGCUGACACCCAGGAGGACAUGAGUAUAUGGCUGAAGGCCAUGAACCAGGCUGCGCUGAUGCAGAACCACCCCGACACACUCAGACCUACUGAGAACAACAGGUUGUUGCAACAGGCUGUUCCACAGACGAACAACGUGAACCACAAGAAGACCAAGAAUUUAGACUCUGAGAACACAAACACAAUAGUCCACGAGGUUCUGCUGGAGCCCAUGCAUCACAACACGGAUGAGCUUUGCAGCUUUCACAAAGACACAGGUGUUAUUACGCUGGAGCGUCCCGUAGGAAGCUCUGCCCUGGAAAUGGACACACAGAGCUCCCUCCCAUCCAGCCUGCUGCCAAUGUCGGACCACAUGUCCACCUCUGCGCCCGUGUCCAGGGUGCCAUCCCAUGCUCCGUCGCGGGCCACAUCCACGCUGCCAUCCAGCCUUACGAGGAACGGGCUGGUCUCCACUCCCAGCCCCAUAUUGGAGCCCAACGGCAUCGCGGCGGGGACGUACCAGAGGGUGCCGGAGCCAGCGGCGUCUGACGCCUUCGUUCAUGUGAAGAGGAGAAACACCCUGGAGCAGGUGGAGCAGUGGGUUAAAGUCCAGAAGGCUGAGCAGAGGGGCCCCCCCUCCAGAGAGAACACCCUCCCCCGUCGAACGCCACCAACCCAGCACAAGUACACAUCGAUGGAUGCCUAUCAGACAUUGCCAAAAGCUCCACGCCAUAGCCCCCAGCCCGGCCGACUCAGCGAGUACAAGUACGCCCACGACCGCCUGAACCACUUCCGCCUCACCCCAGACCGGGGGGCCCAGGGGUCCAACACUGUGCUGCAGCUGUAUGAAUGGCAGCAGCGCCAGCAGUUUCGCCACGGGAGCCCCACCGCGCCGAUCUAUACCCCCGCUCCGGACUACCCCUUUGGCCCCCGCCCUUCUUCCACUGUCCCGCUCUCCUCCUCAUUACGCAGGCCAGAGGGGGCUCCCCGCUGCGUGUCGGUGCCGCCUUCGGCCGCAGACAUCCCUCCACCGGGGCCUCCUCCUGGAACCAGCAGAACACUGUCGCCCAAUCGAAGGCCACAUACUCCUGCCGGACGGGUGACGGUGAGGCCCGCGGGGGACAUGCCGGCUCUGAACGUCCCCUUCAACGUGUCCCCCCGCAGAAGCAAAUCUCAGAUGCUGAAGGCUGCUACUAAUGAGAGACGCUCAAUGCCUCCAACUGGCUACAUCACUCACACAGUCAGUGCACCCAGCCUUCAUGGGAAGACGCCAGAGGAGCUUACCCUGCUCCUCAUUCAGCUGCGCCGCCAUCAGGCCAAGAUGGCCUCCGUACGCCAGCAGACCCUAGCUCAGCUCGAGAGGCUGCGCGCUCCCAGAGAGUCCUACCAUCAAAACCAGCUCCUCUCUACAGCUCCUGCUGGGGACAGCCCCCUGCUCCUCAGCGCCACCCCGUCUCCUGAGUCACACCUCGGAGACGUUGGCCUUUUAGCUCCGCUGGGCCCUUGCAGCACCCAGAGCGACGACACGUACAUGCAGCUGAAGAAAGACCUGGAAUAUCUGGACCUGAAGGUAGCUGGAAGUCAGACACUGAAGGAGGCGGGGAAACCUGUCAAGGUUGCAGAAAGCGAUGUGGAUGUGAAGUUGAGUCGAUUAUGUGAACAGGAUAAAAUCCUGAAGGAUCUGGAGAUGAGGAUCAGCACCCUAAAGAACGACAAGGACAAGCUGGAGAGAGUACUUGACAUGUCCCACCAACAGAUGGAGCAGUACCAGGAGCAGCCAGCCCACGCCCACAAGAUCGCCUACCAACAGAGGCUGCUGCAGGAAGACCUGGUGACCAUCAGGGCUCAAAUAUCGCGCGUUUCUACGGAAAUGGCACAUGCUUGGGAAGAGUACAACAAGCUGGAGCAAUCAGUGGAGCAGCUAAGGGUGGCACUGCAGACACACAUGACCCAUAGUGACACGUCUCAGCAGGAAAAGGCUGAGCUAAAGCGUGAGCUGUGGAGGAUCGAGGACGUCAUGGGCGGGCUUAGUGCCAGCAAAGCCAACUACAAGAUAACAGUCGACUCUAUUCAGAAUCCAGACAGGAGAUUAGUGCCUUCAGUGUCUGACCAGGCAGUGCCUUCACUCAGUGCAGAGGUCCAUCCUCCUCCUCGCAGCUCCAUCUCCAACACGCUGUCUCACACUUUGCCUGACAGCACCGUGCCAAACUGGGCCGAGGACGAUGCCCCGCCCAGGCCACCACUCCCUCGUCUCUAUGACUACGAGGAAACGCCCCCUGUGGUGCCCCCCCUCCCCAAAGAGGCGUCAGUCAUCCGCCACACAUCGGUGCGAGGGCUGAAACGGCAGUCUGACGAGAGGAAGCGGGACAGGGAGUACGGCCAGUACCUUGUCAACGGAGAUACUAAGACGGAUUUGAGAUCUUACCUGAGUGAACCAGAACUGCCAGGAAGCAGCCUCCAGAUCACAGGGUCCGAUGCCGACUACCAGUAUUACCCAUGUAAAGGAAACACAUCCCGGAUGGAGCAGUCUGACUCCAUCUCGUCCUACGUCACCCUGAGGAGAGCUCCUGGAAGCUCUGCACCAAAGGACAGGCCCAAGAGUGCUUUUGAGCGUCUGUCGUCGCCUACGGAGGGCGGCCAGCUCCCUGGCAGCCAGCCCCGAGGCCGGAUGACCGCCGAGGAGCAGCUGGAGCGCAUGAAGCGCCACCAGAGGGCGCUGGUCCGGGAGCGCAAGAGGAACCUCAGCCACGGCGACCGCUCCUCCUCAUCGCAGCGCUCGUCGUCCUCCUCCAGGCUGCCCUCCUCCAGCCCCUCCGAUCCUCCCCCCUCCGUGUUUGACUGGCAGGAGGAACGACCCAGAGCAGAAGGUCAGAGCGACGAAGGACUGAAUCGAGUCAAAGAGAGUGGAAGGAGGCAGUCGGAUGAAUGGUUGACGGUCACAGCCAGGCGUGUACAAGAGGAGGACUUGGAAUCCCUGGACUAUGACCUGGAUAUCAGCCGAGAGCUUUCCAAACCAGACAAGGUUUUCAUCCCAGAACGAUACGUAGAGUCCGAUCCGGACGAGCCUCUCAGUCCAGAGGAGCAGGAGGAACGCUCCCGCCGGGCUGAGCGCAUCAAGAACCUUCUCACCAAGUCCAGUGUUCAGAACAUCCAGCCGUCAGCAUCUGUAGAUUUCAGCGAGCUGGACUCUGCUAUGCAGCAGCAGAAGAGGAUCAUGAGCGUCUCCUAUGCGCUGGCAUCAGAGGCUUCACGCAAGAGCAAACUGGUUGCAGCCAAAGCUGCUUCCCAGCACUGAUCCACAGAACCGACUCUGCAGACGUUCUUUGAAAGCACCAAGCAGGACGAACUCCGAGUAACUUAUUCUUUCCCUAAAUCCCUUCUUUCAUUCUGGAUUUAAUACACAUCUUUCAGUGUUUUUUAUUUUUCCCGUACUCAUGGUUUUUAAAUCAUAAUUUGAUAAUUGCUUCAGCACUUACGUUGCACACUUUAUAGUAAAUCAUAAAAUGACUGAACCUGUUUUUGUUUGUUCUGGACUUUCAAAAUAAAAGCCUGAAUUGACACGCUCAGAUGCAGUGGGAAUGUUUUCUCUUCUGGUUCUCUUCUCUUGUUGGAAUUCUAAAUUCCAACAAAAAACAUUGAAAUAUUCAAACACAUCUUUGUUUCUAUGUUUAUGGUAAGUUGUCAGUUCUAGUUUAAAAAAAAAAAAUCUAAAGAAAAAAAUGUCACUUUGAUCUAUUCACACAGUCCCUAAAGUCUUGACUUUAUUUUUUCUCAAAGCCAAGUCUGAAGAAAUAUGAAAAAAAGAAUAAAACAUUAAAAUAUGUUUAUCCUAUAGUUGUUUUAAUUCCAUAGUUAUGCAACAUUCUAUGUUUAAGGCUGGUCACUGCAGAGACGCAGAACCUGCUUUCGUUCUGAAUCCAGUCAGUUUUCUAGAAAAUUUCUGGCAGUCAAGUCAGUCAUUUCAGUCUUGACCCAACUGAGCUUCUCUUACAAAUCUAAGUAAAAACUAAAACCAACUUAAUGAGCAUCUGACUAAAAAAAAACAUUUAAAGCUGC